AUGUCUGUGGCUACACCGACUGUGCUUCCUCGCAGUCUGCUGUUCCCGAACUUGCUACCACAGCCACCACAGCCGCACCCCACCCCCCUACCACCAUAUGGACAUCGAACAGGGCGGCUGAACAGCCGCCGUGAUCUGCAGCGCGAAAUGGACGAACUCAGCGAAGAGGAAGAGGAACUACGCACCCUUACACAUGCGAUAAAAAAACGCGGAUUCAACUUCAUUGUCCCUAUUGGCCGCACUCAUACCCAGCAUGAGGAGAAGAACGACGCCGACGAGGACGAGGAUGACGAUGAUGAUGACGACGACGAUUCCGCCAGCGUUGGAUCUGAGACUAAUCUAAGUCAGUCCAACGAGGCCUCCGAUGAGGAAGCGGGUGAAGAGUCGGAGGAAGACCUUGAUGCCGACAUGGAAGAUCUGGACGAGGCCGAGGAUGUUAGCGGAGAAGCAACUGAACACGGCGAAGAUGAGGAACAUGGUGAGGAAGAGGAGGAAGAAGAGAGAGAGGCAGAGCCAUCAUCGGACAUGUAG